CGGCGGCGGAGCGAGGAGCGAGCGGGCGGCGGGCACGAGGCAGCUCCCCACGGAUCGAUGCCAGCCAAAUGAUGACCAGUUGUGGCCAGCAGUGCUUGAACGUGCUCACCGUCCUCUCGUUGCUGAUUUCUGCAGUCUUGUCCGCGCAUUUCCGGGUCUGUGAGCCAUACACGGACCACAAAGGCCGCUAUCACUUUGGCUUCCACUGCCCCCGGCUCUCGGACAACAAAACCUUCAUUCUCUGCUGUCACCAUAACAACACAGUUUUCAAAUACUGCUGCAACGAGACGGAGUUUCAGGCGGUGACGCAGGCGAACCUCACGGCCGGCUCCGAGGGCUACGCGCACAACAAUUACACCGCCUUGCUGGGGGUGUGGAUCUACGGCUUUUUCGUGCUGAUGCUGCUGGUCCUGGAUCUUUUGUAUUACUCGGCAAUGAACUACGACAUUUGCAAGGUUUACCUGGCACGGUGGGGCAUCCACGGACGAUGGAUGAAACAGGACCCCCGGCGGUGGGGCAAUCCUGCCCGGCCCCCCCGGCCAGGGCAGCCCGCCCCGCAGCCCCAGCCUCCCCCAGGCCUGCUGCCGCAAGCCCCCCAGGCCGUGCACACGCUUCAGGGAGAGGCCCACAGCCCACCACUGAUGACCUUCCAGAGUUCGUCUGCCUGAAAACCCUUUUGCCGUGCCUCAGGAUGGGGGAGGUGAGACCCGAAGCACCCGGCACAGCCUCCAAGGAGACCAACGUCAACAGAGACCCCAGGGAGAGCCGAGGUGGCUGCGGCGGUGGCAGAGGAAGAAAUGCCACCUGUGCCCACAACCCCCUUCCGUGGACUUCUAAGACUAGGAGCAAACUCAGGGGUGGGGGCCAGGGGUUCUAAGGGAGGGGGGUCUUGAGCCACCCGUCUGCAAGCAAUAGUCCCAUUCUGGGCUGGUGGCUUCUGAGAGGGGACGCCAUUGUGGACUCAGGAUGACCAGCACAAAGCUGCUGCGGCUAAUUCAAGCUGCAGGGAUUAGGCCUGUGCACCGUACCUGUGGGCCCCUUACCUCCAGUCCCUCCAGUUGUGGCCUGUGGGCCUGUGUCAGAAUACUGAAUGUGAGUGUGUGUGUGUGUGUGUGUGUGUGUGUGCGUGUGCAGAAGUGUGUGUUUGGAGGUGUGAUUUGGGGUGUUCUUUUUGUUUGGUUGCGUGUUGGUUUCUAUUGGAAUCCCCGUGAGUCCUCUAAUGGGCACAGGUCACCAGUGGUGGGGGCCCUGGUCAGCGUCCCCGUUCAAGCUUCUUGCUGUAGCGGGCAGCCGUGAACCCCCUGGAGUCACCAAGCAUGAGGCAUGGUCCCGCUAUGUCUCAGAGGACAUGGGGAUUUGAACAUGCUAGUGAGGGUUUGUUCUUAUGGAAUUUACUCCCCUAACAAUGUAAUAAUAGGUGAUGAGGCAUCUUGGGCCAUCCACGGGACAGGCACGGGGCCGCGUGUCUCCAUGCACUCCCUCUCUCACUGCUCGGGAGGGGGGGUGUGGUGAGCCCCCUGCAGAAAUGGCUCUGAGCAGGGAAGGCCCAGGGUCACACAGCCAAGAGGAGACCAGCCACUCUGUUUGAUCUUAGGGGUGUAGGAACCAAAAGUCCACACUCCCCAGCCCAGGGGACCCCCAGCACAAUCCCUGGGACAUCUCCCCACUUGCCUCUCAGUGGACUGACUGUUGCCCCAAGAUCUCCACCAUCACUGCCCUGAAACCUUCAUCCACGCAGCACAUUCUGUUAAGCACCUGCUGUGUGUCGGACCCCAGGCUGGGCAGUGAUGGGAACUGGCCAUGAGUCAGGCAGGCCGGGUCCCUGCCCUGGAGGGAGGCCACCAUCUGGUGGGAUAGAUACACAGAUCUGAGCUGAACACAGUGACGAGGGCUGUGGAAGCCCCAAGGGAAGUUUCUAGAAACCAUUCCACUUUAGAUUUCUGCAUAAACCCGGAUGCCUAUAACAUCCAUCCCCAGAGGUCCCCACCACCACCCACCCCACUGGCUGAGGGCACACACACGGAAGGGCACUGCCCGGGAAACCUUCACAUAAAUCCCCAAGGACCACAAGGCCAGUGUAGACACACCUAUUCCACUGGGGGAGUUUCCAGAUCUCCCCCAGGCUCUUAGCUCAGUGGACCCUGCUCAGCAAACGUGUGUCCCUCUGAUGGCGUGUUCACACUCAGCCGGACUCUUGCACGCGUGCUGUCUGCCCUCCAGACACACCGGUGAGCCGGUGAUGCUCGUGGUGCUGGUCGGUGAGCUGGGGAGAGAGGGCCGGCGAGAAGGGAAUCGUGAAUAAGGACGCUGAGCGCUGGGCCGACAAUUGAGUCGGAACAGUCUGUUCGAGAGCCAGCCACGGGCAUUAAAGACGGGGUUGGGGGGUGGGGGGAGAGCAUCCCAGCACAAAGGCCCUCAGGCAGCAGCGUGCUUGAUGCUUUCAAAAAGAUCCAAAGAAAUCCAGGAUGGCCGGAACCGGCAGGAGGGCAGAGAGGUUGAGGGGGAGGGAGUCCAGGCUCUCUGCAAGGCGUACAGACACAACACCCCAUCCUUUGAUAAAGCAUUUUCUAGCUCCAUAAGGAAAGGAUUCUCCCCAUUUCGUGAACUAGGAAUCUGAGACUCAGGUAGGUCCGUGACCUGCCCAAAGUUCACAAGGCAGGCUGGGGCAGAGCAAACCCGUGGUUUCCCCACAUCUCCCCAGACACGGGGGCCCAAGUGUAUGGUUUGGCAGCAGCAGAGGGAAAACUUCAUUUGAGGUGUUCAGUAGGGAUGGGCACAUCUUCCUUUCCCUGGACGCUAUGGGCAGCCCUGGAGAGGGGCUCAGCUCCCUCCGGCCCAGGGGGAUCAACCCUCACUUGCAUCAGAUGUGCAGAGCCUCGGGAAUCAGGGGAAACCGAGGUUCGGGUGGGGGGGUACAAGACCCCGAUUCUGAUGUCAGUCAGCUCUGCACUCAGAGCAGUGUGACCUCGGGCCAGGCCUGUGCCUUCUCCGCCCUCAGUUUUCCCCUCGGUAAGAGGAAGGAGUCAGACCAGGUCUUCGGGGGCUGGCAUCUCUGGCCUCCUGUGGUCCUGGGCGACUCUCACGCAGCUGCUUACACAGAGUUCCUUCCUUGGGUUGGGAAAGAGCUGGCUGCCUCCCCUGCCUGGGGGCCUGAGCCAGGGGCUGCUCUCACCUAGACCAGCCGGGGCUAGGACCCACCUGGUCCGCAGCCCCGAGAAUUACAGCUGGCUUCUGGCCCCCUCCCGUAGUCUUUUCGGGAGUGACCGGUAACCCUUUAGGGCUUGGGAUGGAACAUUCUUUUGGAAUGGAGGCUUCCCACGUGUAGCUCGGCACACAUCACAGCUGGGGACGUGGGAGAGAGGAAACAACAGUCACCGCCUCUCUGAGUGGCUGAGGGGUGAGAUGGGGCACAGGGCCUGAGCGCCCCGAGUGAAGGGCACGGCUGCCGGGAAGGCACGUGAGAACAGGGCUGUCCCCCCACAAUGUCCAGGGCUCCUCAAAAUCCCACAGGAGCCCGGGUCGUCCCAGCAAAACCCCACCCCCCCGCCCCCUACUGCAGCAGGCCACUGUGCCAAUCGGUAGUGUCCCCGAGAAUAAGACACAGGGUAGUGAUAAGUUCAAGUAGAGAUGUUCAGAGUUAGUGUUCUUAGUGACUUCCACACCCAGUCUUUCAAGCUGCCUCUGUUUACUUUCUACUGUGAGCUUCUGGCUAUCCCCACGUCAUCUGUAACCGUAACAAUAAUCCUAGUACAAAAAGAGAAAUAAAAAGCAGAGAAAGAAGAAGACAACAUACCUUCCCGGGGAAUCUGUGCCCGACGCCGGUCUGUGUCGUGACUCCUGCUCGCAAGGCCUCUUCCCGCUGGGAACGGUGUGUCGUAGACACGCGGCGUCUGCUUUUCCUCUCGCUUGUGUAUGGUGUGAUCUGUGUGUUUUGGAACCGAUUCAGAACCAACACCCAGGCCCUCGACCCUCACCUUAACCUCUGAAGUCACACUGAGCCUCAGUCGGGGAGGGGCUCGCCCCUGCCGACAGGCCCGGAGGUGCCUGUGCCAGGGGCACGUCUGACACUGACCCGGACUGGUAGGAAGCAGCCUUCGUCGAAAACACACGUACAGGCACACGCAUGCGCACACACACACCCCUACACACGCGCACACAUGCGGGGGGCAUCCAGGCCCCCUUGUGGUCUCUGAUACCUAAGAAAAACAGGCCAGCGGCUAGCAAGGGUGGGCGGUCCUUCCCUUCAUUGUGCAGAACAGCAAUCAGGGACAUGUGGCCCCAGGGCUGGAAAGGACUUGGGAAGGGGGUGGGGGAUGGGAUCAGGCACAACACGGUGAGGAAUGUGGGAUAACAGCCUUCUGCCAAGAGACACUUCCAGGCUCACCGUCACAUCCGAAGCUCUCUCUAGGUCAUUUCAGCUUCAGCAACACUGUAGGAGUGGCCGUGCCUGGCACCGUCCCCCGCGCGGACCCCCAGACCCUCGUCUGCUCCAGGUCGGUGUCCUGACCCUCUGCCUUUCCUCCAGCCCAGGCCCUGCCCACUGGCUCAGCUGACCGCCCCCGUCCACUGUGUUUACUAGAGUCUCCUCAAUCCUUCAACAACCCAAAUCCGCGUGAUAGCCCCCAGUGAUGUCAUUGGCGGCACUUCCUGUCCGUGGCGAGGGGCAGCCUUGUCAUCGCAGGGCGCCGCUAUGCCUCCCCACCCCUGUCGUCUGCUGUGGGAACUUGAGGUUGGAGUCCUAGAAGGGACUUUCCGUUCUUGACCUUGCCGCUUACCUGGUGAGUAUCAGAUGGGGUCUCGGUGCUCCCCAUAAACCGACUCAAGGUCGGGGGGGGCAGCCAGUCCCCCCCGGGGAGUGGUGAAACCGGGCUCACUGCCACCUGCAGCCCCGGAGCCCAUCACCAGCCCAGGCUGGGGCGAUGCCAUUCACCCUGCAGCACACGGACACCCGCCGUGCGACCGACGCCCCCGAGGCUCCCAGCCUGCCUUGCAACACACCCAGCCGCACAUGGCUGUCAAGGGGACGGAUACAACCGUGGGGUCCGUGGCCUGAAAAACAGAUGUUGACGUUGAGCAGUCAGUCGCGAGAGAUAGAAGAUUCUAGAAAAUCCAUUCGCUCAUGCAUGCAUUCCUUCAUCUGUUCAACAAAUAUGUGUCCAUCUCUGAACCCAGCGCGCACCUGGGAGCAGUUCCUGCCGAACAUGGAGAUGUUGGGGGACAUGUGCAUGUCCGUGGGAGAGGCUGGGAUCCCCCGAGAAGUGAUUGGUUGUCCCCAACAUUUAGGAGCGCCCAGAUCCACAAAGCAAACAGCUUACCCCUCUGUGAUAGUGACCCUGGAGGUGGCAUUGUCCUUUACCCCUCAAGUUCUCAGUACCAGACCCUGCCAGAUAGUUGGUGCUCGAGAGAGGCUGGGUGAGUGAGCUGCUCUGACCCUUCAUCACACUGUCCCUAAAACUCCUUUGUUUACAUCAAAACCCUGAUGCGUUUGCCCUUGACAGAGUGACAUUCAGGACUGCAGCAGGGCCCACCCCCCAGUGGUACCAUUCACAAUGCUGUCACCAAAAUGUUCCUGGGUCCCCAGGAACAGCGUUCCUAUGGACCACAUUGGAACAGCCACCCCCGGGCUGGUGCAGUGAGGUCCCGUGGAUUGCCCUACACCGCUCUUCAAAAUGUGCAGGAGCCGAUGGAAGUUGAUAAACAGGCCGGGGGGUGGGGCGGGGGACGCGGAUCACCGGGGCACAUGGUUGCAAGUCGCAGAUGGCGCCGCCACCACGGGCGUCCAGUGGGACCAAACUGGUGACCUGAGCGAAUGUCUUCUUGGAGCCCCUCCUGGGUUCUCGUGUGUGUUCUUUCUGUUUCUCCCCUUCUGUAUGUUCAAGGUGGUGGGAUGCAGAUCGGCAAGCCGUCAGUCUGGGUUCUGGUGCAAUAACUUAGUGGGGUGCCGAAGGGGAAGGGCUCAGUCGCCCCAACAAGGCAGGAUCACCCCCCCCGACUGGUGCGUCCACCCCAGGGUCCGCCAGGCUAGGGCACACAGGUGAGGGUGGGCUAGGGUGGUCCCCCUCUUCUGUGCACCCUGACUUCCCAUGAGCAGGCACAGUGUCUCCCUGAGAGCUGAUAACCGGGAAAACCAAAAACCAACAAUAUUCCUGAUAAUAAUAAUGUAAUAAUAAUAAUAAUAAUAAUGUAUUUUACACUGCUCUACGCUGCUUUUGUCUUUAUAUACAGUAGUUUUUAUAAAGAUGUCCUUAGGUUUUAAUAAAGGAGUGUCAUGUCAA